CUUACAUGUGUUGCAGUCUGUGCUGCAGCGCUGAACCUUCAGGAAAUAGUCUGACACCUUAUGAGUGAUGGAUGACAUCUAUGCCAAUGUUGAAUGUGACAAGUCUGUUGACCCAAGACCUUCAACAAAUCAGACAGGUCCCAGGAGCUCAGAGAGGAGAUUUGAUGGAGCUGUUGUUCUCUGUCUGGGGCUGCUGAAUGUUUUCCUGCUGGCUGGGAUCAUCUGCCUCGGUGUCCACUACUAUGACACUGUACAACGCCUCCAGGCCAGUGAUUAUAAGCUGUCUUCCCUGACUAAAGAGAGAGACCAGCUGAAUGCCAACCUCACUGAAAUGACUAAAGAGCUGAACAGGAAUAAAUCAUGUCCUGCAGGAUGGAGGAUGUUCAGUUGUGCCUGUUAUCUUCUCUCCGCUGAGUCUGGUUCCUGGGAGAAAGGCAGCGAUGACUGCAGAGAGAGAGGAGCACAUCUGGUGGUGAUAGAAAGCUUCGGAGAGCAGACGUUCCUCUCUAACUUCACCCAAAAAGAAACGCAUGCUUGGAUUGGUUUGACUGACAAAGCCAAGGAGGGAACCUGGGAAUGGAUUAAUGAAGCUCCGCUGUCUUUAAAGUACUGGCGGAAAGCUCAGCCUGAUGAUGGUGGUGGCCAUAGCCAUCUCGGGAAAGAGGACUGUGCCCAUAUCAUAAUAACUGGAGGGAAGAAUUCUCAGAACUGGAAUGAUUUGCUUUGUAGUACCAGUCUGAGAUGGAUCUGUGAGAAAAUGCUUAGCAUCGGUGCAUAAUCAGUUUUGAGUUUAAAUGUUUUCGGAUUGUCGGCUACAGACAAAUCUACAAUGUCCUUCACCUGCAAGUCAUGGCUCAGUUGAUAAUAAGGAAAAUCAUUAAUAAUUAUAUCAUCAAUCCACCUACAGUAAUGAUGGGUUCUUCUUCAUGAAUCUUCUUGCUCAGAGCUCAUUGUCCCUGAUCCAUGCUCCGUUGUCUCUGCUCCUGCAUGUGACUCCUCUUGUCUCUCAGGUUUUAUCAAGCAGAAAUCUGAGGCUGAAAUCUUUUGCCAGGCUUCUGCAACAUUGUUGACACUGUUGUUGCCCUCACCUGUAUUGGGCUGCUCAUGUAUCCGAAUAGCUUGAAGGUGAGGCCGACAGAUUGCUUCAGCUCUUUCUUUUGCGAUUUCUUUUAGCUCAUCUUGCAAACACUCACUCACUUGCACUGCCAGGAGAUCUUCAUAAACCACUUUGUAGUAAGUAGGGCAACAACCCUCGCAGUCACAAUUGGACCAAUUAUUCUUCUUUCUUCUAUAACAGGCUGUUAAGCUUUCAACAAUGCUCCAAAUGACAAUAAGAAAUGUGAUUAAAUACAAGCCAAAUUCCUGGAAAAAAGAAACAAAACAUCUAUUUAAUAGAACACAAAUCACAACAUCAUUGUGGUUUCAGACAGUUAAGCUUAACCUUUUUCAACACUUUUAACAUUACAAGUUCUUUAAAAGCCAUCAAGCACAUGAAGUUCUUGGCUGGAAACGCAUACAGUGUUCUGCAUCGUCUAAACAUAAUAUAUGAACAAAUGUAUUGUGAGUUUGAAAAAAUACAUUUUUAUAAAGAUAUAAAAUAAUUCCA